GAAAGUCCCUCGGAAAGGCCCGAUUUCCAAUCCUCAUCAAACCACACACAAAUCAUACGCAGAAGCCACCAGAAAUCAAAGUCCACAUCCCAAUCAAGUCGGCGAAAUUGUUUCUAGUUUUAUUUCUAAUUUGAGAUCACUAAUCGAUCCCCUCAUCUCCCUCCUCUCCUCUGUACUAAAUUCACUGAUUGCUAAAGGUAUUAUUUCUCCAUAAUUAUCUCCGUCAUACCAAUUACUGCUCAUUAUAAUUUAUCACACAUUUACACUCCACUUGGAGAUAGUAAAUAAGAUAACAAUAAUCUGUUACUAUAUUAAAAUGUUAUUCACGUGCUGGGUGUUACCACUGGGUAACUCCCCAUAAUCAUAAUAUUCAUUGUUACUUGUUUUGUAUUCUUUUAUCUCAUCUAAUUAAUGUACACAUUGUAUAGAUUGUAGAUGUCUUUUACUCAU